AUGGCCGCCACCACGACACAGCCACAGCCGCCUCCCGUUUUCCGCCACCACUUCCUCCAACUUCGAGUUCCUGGCCACCCGUCACUCCGCGAGAACCACCGGACGUACCUACCCAUCUGUGCGCAGGUCUCCAGCACCGACGCUUCAGCCGCUGCCUCGCGCCGGCCAACGAGUAUCCCCCGCCCCAUCGCGUGUUCCUCCUUGCAGAAAUCGAUUGACUGCUAUAAGGCUUAUACAAAGGAUAAUAAUGUUAAUAACAAGACAGUACAGCCAGAUAUACAGCAAGUCAAAGCCGAUACUGUAAGCUUGGCAAAGAAACUUGAAGCUCUUGAAGUUUCGAAGCUAAAGAUCUUGGGCGAAAAUUUAGGAGGGUGCUCUGCUGAAGAACUGAACUGUCUAGAAGUAAAUAUUGAGAAGAGUCUCCACAUCAUCAGAGGAAAGAAGACCCAGGUGCUCGAACAGCAGAUAGCUAACCUGAAAGAGAAGGAGAGGACGCUUCUCAAAGACAACGAAGACUUGCGCGGAAAGCAGCGCGACAUUGAGGCGUCGCUGGUGGUUCCUGCCCUGAACUGCGUCACGCCCCUGCAGAUACGUGGCCAGCUGGCACCAGAGCAGGAGCCGGUACGGAGCGAUGAGGACGUGGAGACGGAGCUCUACAUUGGGUUGCCCGGGGUUCGCUGCUCCAACUGGCGGUCAGGUCAAGCCAAAUAGCUAAUCAGCCGGAAGAGAACCUCCGACGACUGAAGGUGAAACGCCAGUACACCGAUUGUUUCUUGCGCAACGACCGGCAAAUGGAACUAGGGGAGGCAUUCUUAUGCUAUGGGACGCAAACCUCCUGGAUGUGACGAACAUUGUGGCCUCGACCUACUGUCUCUCAGCCAUGGUUCGGAUCCGCAAAACAAAUGUCUGCUUUAAGGCCACAUCUGUCUAUGGACUUACCGACUCUACUUGUAAAGAUGCCUUCUUUGCCGAGUUGAUUAGCCAUAAACCGCUGCCUGGGGUGGCUUGGUUGGCCUUCUUGAGACUUAAACCAGAUCUAUCGGGCUAGGGACAAGAACAAAAGAAACAUCAACCGGAGCAGAAUUAACCGGUUCCAUGCCGCUUCGCAGUCCUGUGAACUCAAAGAGAUUCAUCUUCAAAAUAAACGUUUCACCUGGAGUAAUGAGAGGGAGUAAUGAGAGGGUGAACCCGACUCUAUGCAAGCUAGGCUCCUUUUGUAAUGUUGAAUGGUAUACAACAUUUGAUACACAUGUCUA